GACUGGCAGCAGGAGGGAGGGAUGCUCCAGAUAAAAGCGGGUUAGGACCAGGACCCGCUCCGAGCUGGUCCGGAUCAGCAGAACCUCAGAGAGAACCCUCAGCCGGACCCGGAGCGACCUCUGCAACCCGGAACCGGGACCCGUGGGCGGCACCGGGACCCGCGGCGGCUCGGUUCGGCUGGAAGCAGGUGCGUCUCCUGCUGAGCGUCUCCUGCUGAGCGUCUCCUACAGAGCUUCUCCUGCUGAGCGUCUCCUACAGAGCGUCUCCUGCUGAGCAUCUCCUGCUGAGUGUCUCCUACAGAGAGUCUCCUGCUGAGUGUCUCCUACAGAGCGUCUCCUACUGAGUGUCUCCUGCUGAGCAUCUCCUGCUGAGUGUCUCCUACAGAGGUUCUCCUGCUGAGCGUCUCCUACAGAGCGUCUCCUACAGAGCGUCUCCUGCUGAGUGUCUCCUACAGAGCGUCUCCUACAGAGCGUCUCCUACAGAGCGUCUCCUACUGAGUGUCUCCUGCUGAGCGUCUCCUGCUGAGUGUCUCCUACAGAGGUUCUCCUGCUGAGCGUCUCCUACAGAGCGUCUCCUACAGAGCGUCUCCUGCUGAGUGUCUCCUACAGAGCGUCUCCUACAGAGCGUCUCCUACAGAGCGUCUCCUACUGAGUGUCUCCUGCUGAGCGUCUCCUACAGAGCGUCUCCUACAGAGCGUCUCCUGCUGAGUGUCUCCUACAGAGCGUCUCCUACAGAGCGUCUCCUACAGAGCGUCUCCUACUGAGUGUCUCCUGCUGAGCGUCUCCUACAGAGCGUCUCCCACAGAGCGUCUCCUACAGAGCGUCUCCUACAGAGCGUCUCCUACUGAGUGUCUCCUGCUGAGCGUCUCCUACAGAGCGUCUCCCACAGAGCGUCUCCUACAGAGCGUCUCCUACAGAGCGUCUCCUACUGAGUGUCUCCUGCUGAGCGUCUCCUGCUGAGCGUCUCCUGCUGAGCAUCUCCUGCUGAGCAUCUCCUGCUGAGGGUCUCCUACAGAGCGUCUCCUACAGAGCAUCUCCUGCUGAGCAUCUCCUGCUGAGCGUCUCCUACAGAGCGUCUCCUGCUGAGUGUCUCCUACAGAGAGUCUCCUGCUGAGCAUCUCCUGCUGAGCGUCUCCUACAGAGCAUCUCCUGCUGAGCAUCUCCUGCUGAGCAUCUCCUGCUGAGCGUCUCCUACAGAGCGUCUCCUACAGAGCGUCUCCUACUGAGUGUCUCCUGCUGAGCGUCUCCUGCUGAGCGUCUCCUGCUGAGCAUCUCCUGCUGAGCAUCUCCUGCUGAGGGUCUCCUACAGAGCGUCUCCUACAGAGCAUCUCCUGCUGAGCAUCUCCUGCUGAGCGUCUCCUACAGAGCGUCUCCUGCUGAGCGUCUCCUGCUGAGCGUCUCCUACAGAGCGUCUCCUGCUGAGCGUCUCCUCUGUGAGUGCAGUGCAUCAUGGGACCUGCAGUCCUCUCCUUGCUCCUCCUCUUCUUGAUGACAUCAUCAGUGGGUGGAGUGGGCGUGGCCAGCGCAGGGGACACUGUCUCCUGUCCUCUGCAGUGUGUCUGUGAGACCCGGCCCUGGUACACGCCUCAGUCAGUGUACCACCAGGCCCGGACCGUGGACUGUAACGAGCUGCACCUGCAGAGAGUCCCAGCCAACGUCUCCGCUGACACUCAGGUCCUGCUCCUGCAGAGCAACAACAUCUCAUCCAUCACCUUCGAACUCCAGAACCUGAGGAACCUGACAGAGCUGGACCUGUCCCAGAACCACCUGACACAGGUGAGCUCCAUGGGUGUGUCCUCUCUGGAACACCUGGUGACUCUGUACCUGGAGGAGAACCACAUAGAGGAGCUGGAGGACUUCUGCCUGAGGAACCUGUCCAGCCUGGAGGAACUUUAUAUAAACCACAACCAGAUCUCCUCUGUUGGACCCAAAGCCUUUGCUGGUCUCACUAACCUCCUCAGGCUCCACCUGAACUCCAACCGUCUGGUGGCCAUCGACAGCCGUUGGUUCGAGUCCCUGCCGUCUCUGGAGAUCCUGAUGAUCGGGGAGAACCCCAUACUGGGUCUGGAGGAGAAGAACUUCCUGCCUCUGUCCCGCCUCCACAGCCUGGUUCUGGCCGGGAUGGGUCUGGUCUCGGUCCCGUCCACGGCCUUCAUGGGCCUUGAUUACCUGGAGAGUCUCUCUUUCUACGACAACCGGCUCAGGUCCGUCCCACGGGACGCUCUGAGCGUGCUCCCGAACCUGAAGUUCCUGGAUCUGAACAGAAACCCCAUCAGCCGGAUUCAACGGGGAGACUUCCAGAACCUUCAGCACCUGGAGGAGCUCAGUCUGAACAACAUGGAUGACCUACUGAUGGUGGAGCAUGAAGCGUUCCAGAACCUUCCAGAACUGGUCAAACUGGAGCUGAGCAACAACCCCCGUUUGUCCUACGUGGACCCUCAGGCCUUCAGGGACCUGUCCUCCCUCCGGACCCUUCUGUUCCACAACAACCAGCUGAGCCUCCUCUCAGGGGACCUCCUCUCUGCCCUGCCGGCCCUGGAGGAGGUGUCUCUGCGCUCCAACCCCCUGCGCUGCGACUGCCUCACCUCCUGGGGUCCUCACCUCGGCAACCGCUCACACCUGAAGCUGCUGGAGUCCUCCGUCACCGUCUGCUCCUUCCCGCCGCACCUGAUUGGCCGAGAACUACAGGAGGUGGUGGCAAAUGGAUGGGGCGGGGGCGGAGCCAACAGCUGCCUGCCUCACAUCUCUCCUCACGCCUUUCCUCCAACCGUGAACGUCAGCGUGGGACAGCCAAUCACCUUGGAGUGUUGGGCAGAUGCUGACCCCGCCCCUCAGUUCUAUUGGGUGACACCGACUGGGGACAAGGUGAGCUCUGAGGCCGUGGCUGCACCAAUCAUAUCAGAGGAGGGGCGUGGCCUGAACAGGAUGAGGAAGAAGCACCGGCUGUCCGAGCCCGGAGCGUUGGUGAUCGAACACGCGGACCCGUCAGAUGCAGGUGUGUACACCUGUGUGGCCUGGAACAUGGAGGGAGCCGACACCAAGAGUGUCUCUGUGUCCGUGGACCCUCAGGGCUCUGACAGAUCCUGGUCCAGAGACGGGGUGCAGCGGGGCGAUGAGCCCAGGAGGGACCAGUUCUAUCCAGGGAACUGGUCCAGCACCACAGCCUCUCUGGUGAUCCUGGCUAAGGUGGUUCACGCCCAGUCGGUGGUGUUGGAGUGGAAGUUGUACCCCAGCAGGGGGGCUUCCUUUGUGGAUCUGAGUGAGCACAACACGCCCCUCCCUUUGCCCCGCUGGACCAGCGCCGUCGUGCACAUCGACAACUCUCAGAUCAGCUACACUGCCAAGGUCCCUGCUGAUGUUCAGGAGUACAACCUGACGCACCUCCUUCCUGCAACAGAGUAUCACAUCUGUCUCACCGUCUCCUCCUCCCCGACACCUCCUCCCAGCUCCGCCCCCAGCCCCGCCUCCCCCGUCCCGUCCUCUCCCGUCCACACCUCCUGCCUGAACGUCACCACCAGGGAGGCGGGUUUCUCUGUGGAGCUGAUGGCGUCGCGGCGCAGCAGCGUGGCGCUGGCGGCCGUCAUGGGCUCCAUGUUCGCCCUGUCCAUCAUGGCGCUGCUGGUGGUCUACAUGGGGCGCCGCGUGCAGCAGCACAAGACCUGCGGCCACUCACUGAAGGUGUUCAUGCAGCACGCCACAUCCAUCCCUCUGAACGAGCUGUACCCGCCGCUCAUCACGCUGUGGGAGAGCGAGGCCGAGAAGGACAAAGACGACAAGGAGGAGGAGAUGGGAGGGCAGGUGGGAGGCAGAGACGAGGAGGAGGCCGGAGGGAGUCAGAUAAACACCACCAAGACCUACAUGUGGUAGCUGCAGGAGGAAGGACACCUUGUGACUCAUUCAGGAGCCUGACAGACAAACUGAGGGGUAAAAAACCCACGAGCUGCAGGGGGAAGGGGUGGGGUCACAGUUAUCAGCUGCUGGGGGAAGGGGCGGGGUUAU